CACACCGCCGCCGCAGAGAAACACACGGAGGAAACUGUGCAGUUGUACUUGUGGCUGUCGGCUGCAGUUAUGGACCACAUUAAAGAUGGCUGGUUCACAGAGCUGUGCACGCUAUGGCCGGGCCAGGCAAUGAGCCUGCAGGUGGAAGAGGUGCUCUACCACAAGAAGUCCACGUUUCAAGAUGUCAUGGUUUUCAAGAGUAAAACCUACGGUAACGUCUUGGUGCUGGAUGGUGUGAUUCAGUGCACAGAGAGAGAUGAGUUUGCCUAUCAGGAGAUGAUUGCCAACCUCCCGCUGUGCAGCCAUCCUUGCCCUAAGAAGGUUCUGAUUAUUGGCGGCGGCGAUGGCGGCGUGCUGAGAGAAGUGGUGAAGAAUCCACUGGUGGAAUCGGUGGUGCUGUGUGAGAUAGACGAGGACGUCAUUAACGUCUCAAAGAAGUUCCUCCCGGGGAUGGCCAAAGGGUUUUUCAACCCCAAGCUCACCCUUCAUGUUGGAGAUGGCUUUGAGUUCAUGAAGCAGAACCAGGAUGCCUUCGAUGUCAUUAUAACUGAUUCCUCAGAUCCAGUCGGCCCAGCUGAGAGUUUGUUCAAGGAGUCUUACUAUCAGCUGAUGAAGGCAGCUUUGAGAAACGGUGGAAUUCUUUGCUCCCAGGGAGAGUGUCAGUGGCUCCAUUUGGAGCUGAUAAAGGAGAUGCAGACCUUCUGCAAGACCCUGUUCCCUGUGGUGGACUAUGCCUACAGCACCAUCCCAACUUAUCCCAGCGGCCAAAUUGGAUUCAUGCUGUGCAGUAAAAAUCCUGAAACUAAUUUCAAGAAACCCGUGAAAGCUCUGGUAAAAGAAGAAAUGGAAAAUAUGAACCUUAAAUAUUACAACCCUGAGAUUCACAAAGCAUCAUUCGUCCUCCCGGAGUUUGCAAGAAAGGUACUCUGUGAAGCAUGACCAGCAGUGACAGACCACCAUGUUCAACCUCUACCUGACCCUCAGACGACAGAGAAACACCCUUUUUCUACGGCCUCUCCACCUCCUCAACACAGCUCAACUGAAGCGGCCUCCUUAAAGAUUUUGUGCGGUGGCGUCUCAUAAUCAGUGGGUGGAAACUUGUUGAUUUCUACAGACAAAGUGUUAGUUUGUUCCCCUUCCUUCCAGCUCGCUCUCCGUGUUUAUUUAUUUUCCUCAUGUAUUUGAAUAUAAAUUUUAACUCUAAUUGUCGUAUCAACGUUUUGUGAAGAGCUAUUCGAUGGGCGUGGCUGAGUGGAAAGAACAGUGUCAUCACACCUGACCUCACUCUGAAACAUUGUAUUGUUUUUUGGAUUCACUGCACAUAUGUUAUGCAAUAUAUUACAUACCAUGUAGAGUAUGUACAUGUAAUGCAUUUUUAUUUGUAAUGCUAGAUAUCAUCUUGUGCUAAUAGGAAAAUACAGUGGCCAUUUUUUCUACUUUAUAUUCAGAAUAAUGUGACCUCUACACACGAUUGAUCUAUUGUAUUAGUUCUUUUCAUGGUCCGAAUCCAUCGUUAUUCAUUUAUGAGUUUGACACAAAGAGAUCAAUUACUUUUUGGUGGUUGACGGAUUUAGAUUUUUGAUAUUCAAUUUUUCUGGUUUUAGGGACCAGGAAGUUGAUCGGCUUUGUAUUCGAUAAAUUUGCAACAAGUACAUUUGGUUGAUGGCUGCACCUGAUUUACUUUAAUGAAUGAGCUUAACCAUCUUUAACUAGCAGAGUACUUUUAAAAAUCGGGCUUAAUUCACAGCACACAGUGUAAUUCCUUGCGUGUGUGUAUCUUGGGGAAGGAACAUGGACUCUUUAAGAUUCCUUCAGUGACAUAGUACUUCUCUGAUGUGUUAAUCCAUCGAAUUGUACACACUACCAAUUGAACUGUUAAUAGUCAUGUUACUGCCAUGGGUUUAGGUCACAGUAUUUAGUGGAAAAAAAAUACAGCCUAUCUCUUAUAAACUGUCACAUUUUUUGAAUGUGACAUUUUCCCAAAAAACUAGAAGAUUGCUUUUAUUGAUGCUCUAACUCUUAUUCAUUUUGUCAAACAGGUACGGCCAUCGCUCAAGUGUACCCUAGCAUAAAUUGGAUAAUUAAAAACAAGCCAUUAUUAGGUGUUAUAGUGAACCUCCUAAAUUAAUAAAGUAACAAACAGCAUUUAGUUUCUCAUUUUGGAUUCUAGAUUUAAUGUGAAAAGAAUGAAUGAUCCUCAGCUUAUCAUUCUUCCAGUGCCUGAAAAUGGUAGUUGUUAACUGAAUUUUGUUUCUCAUUGUGUCUAUGGCAGUGUUCUAGGCAGAUAAUGACUGAUGAGUUUUCAUUCUAGACGAAAGCGCAAAUGUCAUGAGUUGAGAAAAUUGUCUCUAAAAUGUCAUGAGGUAAAUGUAAUUGAUGCUCUUUGACCAUCAAUUUAAUAUGGAAUACUGUAAUGUUGGUAAAAGAAAAUGAAAUAUGGUGUUGGAGCUUUGCAAUGCAAGAAAUACCUUUUUUUUUUUAAAGGUGAUUCAUUAUGCAAUGAUAACUUGCAGUAUUGGGUGUUAACCACUGAUGGUAAGCCUGUAAACUGAUGCGUUUCACUGCAGGAUGCUGUUCAUUUCUCUCAAUGGAAAUCUCAUAUGUCUCAGUGUGGUUUAUCUGUUUGUUGAGCUAAUGUCAAACACUUAAUAUCUGUUACUUUUAAUUCCACGAGGAAUGAGAAGUGGGGUCGUACCUGAGCAAUGAGUCUGUGUUUUUAUAAUAAUUAUCAACUGUAAUAAAUUGAACAUAAAAUGGU